UUUAACAAUACAAAAGAAAUUUGUAACGAGCAAUUUCAUUGGCUGUUAGUUCGAAAAAUUACGUUUUGAAAACACAGAGAACGCUUAAAUUUUUUUCUUGGAAAGACGAUUAUACAUCAAGCUAGUCAUAUAUUUAUAGUCUCAACAUGUCAAUGAGUUCAAAUGUUGAAAAUUUAUCACCCCAAAUUAUCAGACAUAUUGCAAAAGAAGUGGCAGACCUGACUAAAGAUCCGCCUGAAGGCAUCAAAGUUAUUCCAAAUGAAGAAGAUAUUACAGAUAUUCAGGCAACUAUAGAAGGACCAGCUGGCACACCAUAUGCAGGAGGAUUAUUUAGAAUGAAACUAGUGUUGGGUAAAAACUUUCCAUCAGAGCCUCCAAAAGGCUACUUUUUGACAAAAAUAUUCCAUCCAAAUGUGGCCAGUAAUGGUGAAAUUUGUGUUAAUACUUUAAAAAAGGACUGGACUGCAGAUUUGGGAAUAAAACAUCUCUUACUGACUAUAAAAUGUUUACUAAUAGUACCAAACCCAGAGUCAGCAUUGAAUGAGGAAGCUGGGAAAUUACUGCUGGAACAAUAUGAUGACUACACAAAGAGAGCAAAAAUUUACACAGAAAUCCACGCAAAACCACCCAAGUUUUCAGAAGCUGUAUCACAAGAUCCAAUCUCAGAGGGUCCAUUGGCAAAGAAACAUGCAGGAGACAAAAAGUUAAUUAAUAAAAAGAAAAUUGACAAAAAGAAAGUAUUAAAGAGAUUAUGAUCUGAAAUCACCAUUUUGUCAUUUUACCAUCCAAGAAGAAUGUGUGCUUGAUAUUUAACUGAUUUUUUCUUUUAUAAAAAAUACAAAUGUGGAUAUGAGAUUGUGUUGUAGAUAGGUUGGCACCUAUGACCAGAAAAUAUAUUCAAUACUGUGUUUGUUUGUUAUAAUGGGUAGCUUCAGCAGCUGUCCAUUUAAACAACCUUUUUUUAAAAAUGUUCAUGGAUUUUUCCUUAAGAUAUAAUGGGUAAUUAAAUGUUUUUCUUGCAAUUAGAUUUCUUAUUUAAUUUCUAAUGUUUCAUUCACUUGUUUUCACUUACUAAACAUUUUCUUGUUGAAAAAUAUGCAGCAAAAAUAAAGAUCAUAGUCUUUUAAGGAUUCCAGUCAUAUGUGCCAACUUUACAAACUGUAUGAUUUGUGAAUGCUCAUGGUUCAAACUUAUGGCAUUUUGAAUCAUGCCUCAUACACUCAGGAUUUCAUUUAAACUCAUUUUAUCAUUUUAUGUUGUCAUUUCUCUGUUUUCAGUCUAUUUUAAGCAUAUUCUUUGAAAUAGGAUAAUGUUUUGAUUAAAUAAUGUUUCCUAUUUUUAAAAGCAGUUUGGUUGUAUACAUUUUAGCACACAGUGGUAAUAUGCUUAAAAUAAUUUUUUCCAAAAAUAUACGCAGUACGUAUAGAAAGGCAACACUGACUGCAGAGUUUUGCUAUGUAUUCCAUUAUUUUAGGCCUCCCAUAACUUUAACUGACAGUAUUGUAUUUAUAGUUUGUUGCACCCAUUUAGUUUUUGAGUUUCCCAUUUGUUUACCAAACCAGCGUCAACAACAUCGGCACUGACUAGUAUGAGAAAACUUCUGAAUGCAAAAGCAAUGCAAGGUUGUAGCAUGUGCUUAAAUGAAUUUAAUUUUAAAUACUAGUAACCACAUUUUCAACAAUGUUUACAAAACCAUACAUUUGAAAGUUGAAGUUUACAAACCACCAAAAAUAUUGACUGCUGCCCAUUUGUUCUUUAAGUUGAAGAGUAUCUUGGUCAUGUUACAGCUGAAAUGGUGGCAGCAUAUUGCAGACAGUUGUACCCAUUUGAAAUUUCUUUGUAAAACUUCAAUUUGUGUUGCAUGUUUUAUUUUAUGUCUGAUCAAAAGAAACAGGGAUUAAAAUACAUAAAUUUGAAGUUGAACUUUGUAGCAUUUGAACUAAUCAAAUUGUAUCACUCAAAAGUUAUAAUUUUGUGAGGAAAUUUUUCACACUUCUAAGUUCUAAAAGUUACCAGAAGUAAAUUUCAAACUUUGAAGACAAAGCCUUAAUUUUAGACCAAAAUGUGGAGUAGGAUUAGGAUUGUAUGACAACACUAGUCAUAUGAAAUAUAUAGCAAAUAUUGCAACAUUGAAUUUCUCUAUGUACUGAGUAUAGAUUAUUUUAUCUUUCCUGUAGAUUUCAAAGUUGUGAGCAAAACUUUAACAUAAUCAUGUAUUCUGAUGAAUCCAUAGGGGUUAAAGAGUCACUUUUCAAGUACCCACCUUAUACCUGUAAUUAUAGUUGUCUGCUGAUCUGAAUAUUUCAUUACCUGUAUCUAAACUUUAAAUUUGUUCUUGCAGUUUUUACUGUUGUAAUUGUAAAUACUAGUAUUGGGUUAAACCUUCCCCUUCAGGUUAACUUGAAUAAUGGGUUGUGCUAAUUGUAAAAAAAAGAAAAUGAAUUAUGAGUGUUCAAAGCAUCAGUUGUAAAACUAUGAAUGAUUUGUCUGUAUUGGAAAUAUUGUUUGUACAACAACUGAAAUAGCUUUGGUAGAAUUAGGAGCUACAGUGUGUAUACAAAUUGUGCAUGAUAUAUUAUUUAUUAUUGUUUUGUUUUCCCAAUGCUGGUUCAGAAAAGUUAUAUAUGGGAUUUUUUAAUUUAUUGUGUAUAGUAACAUUUUUAUAUUAUUUCAGUAUUUAUCUUUGAUGGUGUUGUUUAACCUGGGUUUUUAUGCAGCAUGUUCUUGUGAUUAUUUGUAUUUUCUCUUCAGCGUCCUUCCUUUCUUAUGUUUAUAAAUUCUAGAAUUACAAAAGUACAAAAAGUGACCUUUACCUUAAUAUCUUUUUACUGGAGAGUCGCCAUAUGACCUAUAAUUGUGUUGGUGCGACACAAUAAACCCAACAAAAAAUGCUAGCACUUAAGUAACUAUACACCUUCCAUUGCCAUUAUUUGUGCUGGGUAAAGUUGGUUUCUUAUGCUUUUAUAAUUUUUAUGUCUGUAUAUGCAUAUAUCUAAAUCCUCAUUUUUAAGUCGAUGCCUGUCUUGAAAAUUAAACAAGGAUAAAUCACAAGGCAGUUACUACAGCACUGCCACACUAUACAUAAUGAGGUAAACAAUAUACAUAAGCACUCUGGUAUAUCGUUUUAACGGUUUCCCUGGCCUUUUCUUUCUGUUGUCUUCCGUUAUAUCUGACAUAAGUUUCAUGUAUGUCUGAUGCUGACAUGUGAUGGUAUAUUUGUGCAAUCAUAGACAGUCUCAUUCUCAGCAUUUUAUCAUGUCAAUCAAAUUAUCAUCAAUAUUAAAAGCUAAUACACUUUUAA